AUGGCAGCUCUAAGAAUUUCCACAACUUUGUCGCGCAAAGCGCUCGCUGCCUGUCGACCUCGACUCUUCCUCGGAGUGCGCGCCAGCGUGCGCCGCUCGCAAGAAUUCAGCACCAGUACCAGGACCAGAUACUCCAUAACCGCACCAUUACAAUCGCUCGCUCCUAAGAUUGAGCGCGGUGGCUCCAAGAUAUACAAAGAUGCCGAUACCGCCGUCGCCGACAUCAAGAGUGGAUCGACCAUCCUUAGCGCUGGGUUCGGUCUUUGCGGUGUAGCAGAAACCCUGAUUAAUGCUAUGCACCGCCGAGGCGCUGAUCAACUGCACUCUCUGACGGCUAUUUCGAACAAUGCCGGUUCCGCGGGCAAGGGAGGCCUUUCAAUUCUCUCGCAGAAUGGCCAGAUUAAGCGCCUAAUCCUUUCAUAUCUGGGGAACAAUAAAGCGCUGGAGAAGAAAUACCUGACGGGACAUAUUGCUAUUGAGCUUUGUCCGCAAGGUACUUUGGCUGAACGUCUCCGCGCUGGGGGUGCUGGGAUUCCAGCUUUCUUUACUCCAACGGGAGUCCACACCUUUAUCCAGGAGGGAAAGAUCCCUGUUCGCAUGGAUGAGUCUGGUAAAGUUAUCGAGACUGGAAAGCCGCGCGAGACCCGAAAAUUCAACGGCAAGACAUACCUCAUGGAAGAAGCUUUGACCGGGGAUGUAGCUAUCCUCAGAGCCUGGAAAGUGGAUGAAGCCGGUAACUGCGUGUUCCGGUAUACUACCAAAGCAUUUGGACCUAUUAUGGCCAAGGCGGCAACCCUGACCAUUGUGGAGGCGGAGAACAUUGUUCCAGUUGGCUCCAUUGAUCCCAAUGAUGUGGACCUGCCAGGUAUCUUUGUGGAUCGGAUCGUUCCUGCCACAGAUGACAAGCAAAUUGAAAAUAGGAAGUUGCGUUCGAGCCCGGCUACUGUGACUGGGCCUUCUAAAGAUGCGGCUCAGAUUCAAAGAGAACUGAUAGGUCGCCGGGCGGCCAAGGAGCUUAAACCAGGAUUUUAUGUGAAUUUGGGUGUUGGUAUUCCCACACUGGCACCGUCAUUCCUGCCAAAAGAUGUGAAGGUCUGGAUUCAGUCGGAGAAUGGAAUCUUGGGAAUGGGUGAUUAUCCCACGGAGCAAGAAUUGGAUCCCGAUAUCAUCAAUGCCGGAAAAGAAACCGUGACCUUAGUUCCUGGAGCUGCUACCUUCGACAGUCCCGAAUCCUUUGGCAUGAUCCGCGGAGGUCAUGUAGAUGUGUCUAUCCUCGGCGCUCUGCAAGUAAGUGCCAACGGCGAUCUGGCCAACUAUAUGAUCCCUGGGAAGGUGUUCAAGGGUAUGGGAGGAGCAAUGGAUUUGAUCUCGAACCCGGAUAAGACCAAGAUCGUGGUGGCCACGAGUCAUGUCGCCAAGGACGGAUCUCCCAAAAUUGUGCAAAAGUGCAGCCUACCGUUGACUGGCGCUAAUGUUGUCAGCACUAUUAUCACAGAUCUGUGUGUGUUCCAGGUGGAUCGGGCUACCGGAGAGCUCACACUGACGGAACUUGCUCCGGGCGUUGAGGUGGAAGAAGUACAAACGAAGACGGAUGCCAAGUUUAAAAUUGCCGAUACCCUUGAGAUAAUGGAAUAA